AUGAAAAUUUUGCAUAAGCCUAGCUAUGUAUGCAGCAGCUUUAUGUGAAUUUCUUCUUCACUUUCCAUUCCCUUUUUUUCCACACACAAACAAACUCCUUUGCCACAACAAUGGCUUCAAUCACUCUUGAGGAGCUUCACACCUACCAUGCCAUCGAUCGAGAGAUAUUUUCUCGAUUGGUAAUAACUUUGAUGCGAGACCCAGCUGAAUCCCUACUGGUCAUGGCAACAUGGCUUUGGCUGGAAGAGAAGGGUUACCCCAACAUGGUAGUGAAAAUGGUAGACCUAUCAGAUGCUUUGGUGAGUGCACUAGCUGAUGAAGCUGUUUUAUGCCUGAAAUGUUUAGAAUCCAACACCUUUCCUGUGUUGCUUAAUGGCGGUAUCCCUCUUACUGCUAGAAUUAUGGAAAAAAACAUUUCUUUAGAAAUGUUUCACCAUAACAAAUUCUCUGCAAUAAGUGGGAUAAAGAAUUUUCUCACCACUGUUUGUGCUCGUAUUUUUACAGAUAUCUUGCAGCGUGUUUUAGCAACAACAUCAAUCCUUAACCAACCUCUUAUCAUUCCUGGUUUUCCUCACCCAUUAUUUGGAGGUGUUAGUAUAGUGCCAAGGUCUAUGGAUUUUGAUUUUCCUACAGGAGGGCUGUGGGGUUGGGAUCCUAACAACAAUGUUUCUGAGGAUGAUAGGACAAUGUUCCUUACUUUCUCGAGGGGUUUUCCUGUGACCAAAGAUGAAGUUACACAGCUUUUUACAAGGUUGCAUGGUGAUUGUGUUGUUAGCGUUCAAAUGCAAGAAAAUGUCCCUUCCAAUGAGCAGCCGUUGUUUGCAAGAAUGAUCUUGGAUUCCAUCACAGCUGUUGAUAGAAUCCUCAACGGUAGACGCAUAGCCAAGUUUCGGAUCAAUGGUAAGCACAUUUGGGCUCGCAAGUAUGAGCGUAGAGAUUAAUUAG